AUGUUCAGACGCUCGUAUCCAGCUUUAGAGGAGCUCAACCAGAACAUUUCCCCUGAGCAAAUACGUGUACUCAAGGACCAGCUUGAGUCGGAACAUCCUCCUACCCCACAGUCCGAAUUCAAUUACGCAUGGGCUCUACUCAAAACAGACAGCCUUGCGUCCCAAAAAGAAGCGCUUGAUAUUCUAGCCGUGCUUUACCGCGAUGUUCCUCUGCUAAGAAGAGAAGCGUUGUAUUACUUGUCGCUUGGAAGCGUUAAGAUUGGAGAAUAUUCUAAUGCGCGUCGCUAUGCCGAGGCUUUGCUUGAAAAGGAGCCGGAUAACACUCAGUUCAAAGCAUUAAAGCAAGCGAUCGACGAUCAGGUGACGCAAGACGGACUUAUUGGGCUCGGCGUCGCAGGCGGCGUUUUGGCUAUUGGGCUCGGUGUUAUGGGGGCGCUUAUGAGAAAAAAGAGAUAG